AUGGUGCUCUGGGGUCCGGUGCUGGGAGCCCUGCUAGUGGCCAUUGUGGGAUACCUGUGCCUGCGGGGGCUGCUCCGGCAACGAAGACCCAAGGAGCCCCCUCUGGAUAAGGGCCCCGUGCCCUGGCUGGGCCAUGCUAUGGCUUUCCGGAAGAAUAUGUUCGAAUUUCUGAGGCACAUGCAGGCCAAACAUGGGGACAUAUUCACAGUACAGCUAGGGGGCCAGUACUUCACCUUUGUCAUGGACCCUCUGUCUUUUGGCCCCAUCCUCAAGGAUGCGCAGAGGAAGCUAGACUUCGUGGAGUAUGCGCAAAAACUGGUGCUAAAGGUAUUUGGAUACCGCUCUGUGCAGGGAGACUAUAGGAUGAUACACUCAGCCAGCACCAAGCACCUCAUGGGGGAAGGCUUGGAGGAGCUCAACAAAGUCAUGUUAGACACCCUGUCCUUGGUUAUGCUGGGGCCCACAGGCCCCAGUCUGGACACCCACCACUGGCGUGAGGAUGGCCUCUUUCACUUCUGCUACAACAUCUUGUUCAAGGCUGGCUACCUGAGCUUGUUUGGCUACACAAAGGACAAGGAGCAGGACCUGCUGCAGGCAGAGGAGCUAUUCCUGGAGUUUCGCAAGUAUGACCGCCUGUUCCCCAGGUUUGUUUACUCCCUGCUGGGGCCCCGGGAGUGGCUGGAAGUGGGCCGGCUCCAGCGUCUCUUCCAUAAGGAACUCUCGGUGGAACACAACCUGGAGAAGUACGGCGUAAGCAACUGGAUCACCUACAUGCUUCAGUUUCUGAGGGAGCAGGGCGUCUCCCCGGCCAUGCAGGACAAGUUCAACUUCAUGAUGCUCUGGGCCUCCCAGGGUAACACAGGGCCGACCUCCUUCUGGGCCCUCCUGUUCCUCCUGAAGCACCCAGAGGCCAUGCGGGCUGUGAGGGAGGAGGCCACCCGGCUCCUGGGAGAGGUCAGGCUGGAGGCUAAGCAGUCCUUUAAGUUCGGUGCCCUGCACCGCAUGCCGGUGCUGGACAGUGUGAUGGAAGAGACGCUGCGGCUGAGGGCCUCGCCUACCCUCCUCAGGGUGGUGAACGAUGACCAGAUCCUGCAGAUGGCCAGUGGGCAGGAGUACCUGCUCCGCAAUGGAGACAUCCUGGCCCUCUUCCCUUAUCUCUCAGUGCACAUGGACCCUGACAUCCACCCUGAGCCCACCGCCUUCAAGUACGAUCGCUUCCUCACCGCCAGCGGCAGCCGAAAAGUAGACUUCUACAAGGCAGGCAAGAAGAUCCGCCACUAUACCAUGCCGUGGGGCUCAGGUGUCUCCAUCUGCCCUGGGAGGUUCUUGGCCCUCAACGAGAUGAAGCUCUUUAUCCUGCUCAUGGUCAUGAACUUUGACCUGGAGUUGGUGGACCCUGACACACCUGUACCACCCGUGGACCCCCAGCGCUGGGGCUUUGGCACCACACAGCCCAGCCACGAGGUGCGAUUCCGCUACCGCCUGCGGCCUGUGGAGUGA